UAGACCCACCAAUAAGAUCUCACCACUAUGCACUUAUGUAAGGAUGUAAGGAUGCAAGGAUAAGAGGCAGGGGUCUAAUCCUUAGUAUUUAUCUUCUUCAGCCCUUCAGCCCUUCAGCUAGUACUGUACCAGCAUCUGCAAUAAUACAAUUAAAGCCCGUUACCGCUUGUUUUCGCUUACCGUAUUGCUGUCGUAUCCCUAAAGACAUCAUUCGCCUAGUCCCUACGACGACAAACGUUAUCAAUGACGAAACACAAUGGCUCUUCUAUGCACCGAGUCCCCUCGGCCGGGGCGGUCGAACAUGGCUAUCCGCAAGGACAUCUCGGGCAUCUUACCGAGCAUGAAGGGCAAGCUUUGGUAGAAUUCAAAACACUUUUAGAGAAGAAAGGUCUUUAUAAGCCGGGGAAUCCGCCAUCUCAUGACGAUGCCACUAUUCUUCGAUUCCUUCGAGCACGCAAGUUCGUUCCAGAAGAUGCAUAUGUGCAAUUCAGCGAGACUGAAAAGUUUCGUAACGCAAACCAGGUUGAGGUUCUAUACGAUACUAUCGAUAUAGACUCGUUUGAGGCAACUAGGAAGCUUUACCCUCGAUUUACUGGUCGACGUGAUAAGCGAGGCAUUCCAAUUUACGUAUUCCAAAUUCGACAUCUCGAUUCACACGCAGUUGCCAAAUAUGAGAAGUCCACCGAGACGACCUAUAGUAGGGCCAAGACGGAUGGUAAGACGCAGCCCAAGUUGUUACAGCUAUUCGCGCUGUACGAACAUCUGACAAGAUUCGUCCAACCUCUGUCGUCCGAGUGUACCGAUCGCCCACAUCCCGCUACUCCGAUCACCCUCAGCACCAAUAUCGUCGAUAUUUCCCACGUCAGUCUGCGCAUGUUUUGGAACUUGAAGGGCCACAUGCAGGCUGCCAGUCAAUUGGCCACUGCCCACUAUCCUGAGACUCUCGAUCGUAUCUUUAUUAUCGGCGCGCCUAUGUUCUUCUCGACAGUAUGGGGUUGGAUUAAGCGGUGGUUCGAUCCCGUAACUGUCUCCAAGAUUUUCAUUCUCCAGGACCACGAUAUAUUACCUGUCCUGACGACUUUCAUGGACAUAAAAAAUAUCCCGAAAGUUUAUGGAGGCGAGCUCGAAUGGGACUUCUUCGACGAGCCGGCUUGGGAUGACGAGGUAAAACGGAUAUGUCAGUUCGAGAACGGUUAUACUUCUCUUCCUCAAGGUCCUGUAUACUGGCGGCCAAUCGACGAUGGCAAGCGAGUCGAAUGUAUCGCCGUAGGGACUAAAAACGGGACUGACCGAAGAGAGCGCGUCUGUACCAUCACAAAAGCUUACCCGCCGAAUUCGGCUGGAGAUACCCUGGUGUCUGCCACGGAGUCCCAAGCCGGCGACGUUACAGAAGCUGAGUCGCUCGCAACGCCCACCGAGAAGCCUAUUAUUAACGGCGAAGUCCCGACGGCAAGCAUUGCGGCGUUGUCAAUUACCGAAGCGAAAUAGUAAAACUUGACACGAUUAUAUAAUAGAAGGAGCUCACGCAGUCAUCAAUUCCCUCGAAGCUGGACGUCUACGUCAAAUUCGUAAUUCUCGUGGCGGAGAUUGGACAUUAGAGUCUAUUGAAGAUAUAAAUGUAAGAAGAGAUACAUUACAUAGAGUCUUAGGAUACCGACCUGUUUUCUCCAGUACCGCAUCGUCUUAUUGUCAAGGGUCGUUGGCGCAUACCUUGGUAUUUACAGGAAUAGGGGCGCUUUUGUUUUUUAGGGAGCUACGCAUGGAUUAUAUAUGGACUUCUUCACAAAGUGGAAUAGAAUCAACUUAAAACUCCUGA